ACCGCCUAGAACAGUGGUGACCAGAACAUCCUAAUCCCCCUCUCAUACACACUUUCUCGUGUUUCUCCUCAAAGCUCAUCUUACUUCAUGGACAGGGAAUACCCAGCCUCUUCUUCUUCUUCUUCAUCACCAUCGUCAUCGUCAUCGUCAUCAACAACGGCAAUGACCAGCAACAAUCUCCCACCACCCGAAGAUGCUUGGCUUGAUACCUGCCACAAGUGGCUGCCUCGUUGGGAAUCUCAUUCACUUUCUCAUCAGUCAACAAUUCCUAUUUCUAUAUCAAGAGUUAACCAAGUUGAUGCUGCUAGACUGGAUGUUGAAAUGUCAGCCAUGUUGAAGGAACAGUUGGUUAAAGUGUUUUCUUUAAUGAAGCCAGGAAUGUUAUUUCAGUACGAAGCUGAGCUUGAUGCUUUCCUUGAGUUUCUUAUUUGGAGAUUCUCAAUUUGGGUUGAUAAGCCAACUCCAGGUAUUGCUCUCAUGAACCUGAGGUAUAGAGAUGAGCGUGCAGUUGAACCAAGAGAAAAAGUCAGAACUGGUCUUGAAGGUCCUGGAUUGACUGUUGCUCAAAAGAUUUGGUAUUGUAUCGCAACUGUUGGUGGUCAGUAUAUCUGGGCUCGCAUACAAUCCUUUUCUGCUUUUCGUCGGUGGGGUGAUUCUGAUCAGAGGUCACUGGCUCGUCGGGUAUGGAUCCUUAUACAACGUAUAGAAGGAAUUUAUAAAGCUGCUUCAUUUGGCAACUUGUUGAUAUUUCUUUAUACUGGAAGAUAUAGAAAUCUCAUUGAAAGGGCUUUACGAGCUAGGCUUGUCUAUGGGAGCCCAAAUAUGAACCGUGCUGUUAGCUUUGAAUAUAUGAACCGGCAGUUAGUUUGGAAUGAAUUCUCGGAAAUGUUGCUGCUGCUUCUUCCCCUUAAUUCAUCAUCUAUGAGAAAUCUCCUUCGACCAUUUUCGAAGGAUAAAUCCUCAAAUUCAGAUCAAGAUGACAAUGUCUGCCCCAUUUGUCGAUCUACUCCAACUAUUCCUUUUGUUGCUCUUCCCUGUCACCACAGAUAUUGUUACUACUGUCUUCGAACACGCUGUGCUGCUUCUCCAUCAUUUAGAUGUUCCAGGUGUAGUGAGCCAGUCGCUGCUAUGCAUAAUGGCGGUAUCACCAGUGGAUAACGGGAGA